AUGCCAGGGGCCUUAUUGCCUCCUAGAUCGCAGCGACAUCACGCACAGAUGGAGCGAACGUCAGCAGCAGAGCCAGACCUCUACCUCAUCUCGAGUGAGGAUACUAUCUAUGAGCAGGAUCUGCUGCGGGAUCCCGGCAGUAUCAAGCCAUGGCUGUCUUACAUCGAGUACAAGCGCCAGAAUGGGACGCUUUACGAGCAGUCUUUUAUCAUGGAGCGCGCCUGCAAACAACUUCCGCGAUCUUACAAACUGUGGAAGAUGUAUUUAGAAUUCAGAAUCAACCAUCUCCGUGGACGCAAUUCUGCCAUACAUCGUGCUGAAUAUCAGAAAGUGAAUGCGCUAUUUGAACGAGCCCUUGUGCUACUCAACAAGAUGCCUCGGAUCUGGGAGAUGUUCCUCUCUUUCCUGCUGAAGCAACCACUGGUUACAUACACUCGUCGCUCAUUUGAUCGUGCGCUUCGAGCACUCCCUAUAACCCAGCACGGCCGUAUUUGGAAACUGUACAAGUCAUUUGCCAACUCUGUCUCUGGGUUUACCGCGGUCCAAAUAUGGCGGAGAUACAUGCAGGUUCGUCCCGAGAAUGCGGAAGACUACAUCGAACUGCUCGUGGACUUGGGAUAUUACACAUCUGCUAUCAAGAAGUACAUGGAAAUUCUCGACAACUCGAAUUUCCAGUCAAAGAAGGGCAAGAGCCAUUUCCAACUAUGGAGCGAGAUGGUUGAGCUUCUGGUGAACAAGGCUAAACACAUUGACACCACAGCCAACGGGGGAAUUAACGUUGAAUCUAUCAUUCGGAGCGGUAUUUCUCGAUUCUCUGAUCAACGUGGUAGACUAUGGGUCGGCCUGGCGACGUAUUGGAUCACGAAAGGCAACUUUGAGAAAGCCAGAGAUAUCUUUGAAGAAGGAAUAACAAGCGUCAUGACAGUACGGGACUUCACCAUGAUAUUCGAUUCUUAUGUCGAGUUUGAGGAGUCAAUCAUCGGAACACUCAUGAGUCAAGCAGAAACUCGGUCGAAAAAAGGCAAGGUCGAUGAGGAUGCAGAUUUUGACCUAGAUCUGCGCAUGUUGCGAUUCGAACAGUUAAUGGAUAGACGCCCAUUCCUUGUCAACGAUGUUCUCCUCCGACAAAACCCGAACAACGUUGUGGAAUGGGAGAAGCGAGUCGCACUGUGGGGAAACAAUGUCAGCGAAGUCGUCAGUACGUACACCGCUGCUAUUGCAGCUAUCAACCCCAAGAAGGCACAUGGAAAGUUCCACGAACUGUGGGUGAAUUACGCCAAAUUCUAUGAGAAUGGAGGAAAUAUUAAUACUGCACGAAUCAUCUUCGACAAGGCUGUGAAAGUACCCUUCAAAACAGUAGCAGAGUUGGCGGAGACGUGGUGUGAAUGGGCCGAGAUGGAAUUGCGUAAUGAAAACUUCGAUCAGGCUGUUGCUAUCAUGGCCAAGGCGACUCAGGCACCCAAGCGGUCGACGGUGGACUAUUUUGACGAGACUCUAUCGCCCCAACAACGUGUACACAAGAGCUGGAAGCUUUGGAGUUUCUACGUGGACCUUGUUGAGAGUGUUGGUACCCUUGACGAGACCAGGAAGAUCUACGACAGGAUCUUCGAGCUUCGAAUUGCGACCCCACAGACCGUUGUCAACUACGCCAAUCUUUUGGAAGAAAACAAGUAUUUCGAAGAGUCUUACAAGGUUUACGAGCGUGGAUUGGACUUGUUCAGCUACCCCGUGGCAUUCGAGCUUUGGAAUUUGUACCUGACGAAAGCGGUGGACCGGAAAGUCAGUGUUGAGCGACUCCGUGAUCUUUUCGAGCAAGCACUGGAUGGCUGUCCUCCUAAAUUCGCCAAGGUAUUGUACUUGAUGUAUGGCAACCUGGAAGAAGAGCGUGGACUUGCUAGACACGCUAUGCGUAUCUAUGAACGUGCCACACGCGCAGUGUCAGACGAGGACCGACUCGAAAUGUUCAACUUCUACAUUACAAAGUCCGCGUCCAACUUUGGUCUUACAUCAACUCGCCCAAUCUACGAACGUGCCAUCGCCGCUCUACCGGACCACGAAGCGAAGGAUAUGUGUUUGAAGUUUGCUGAGAUGGAACGCCGACUUGGUGAAAUCGACCGAGCCCGUGCUAUUUACGGCCAUGCCUCCCAGUUCUGUGAUCCGCGUACCAACGCUGGCUUCUGGCAGAAAUGGGAAGCAUUCGAAGUGCAGCACGGUAACGAGGAUACGUUCAAAGAAAUGUUACGAAUCAAGCGAAGUGUUCAAGCUCAAUACAACACCGAUGUCAACUUCAUCGCCUCCCAGGCCAUCGCACGCAGCCAACAACAGCGCGCACAAAACGGAGAAACAGACGCCAAGGACGAAGAAAAUGACCAAGAACGCGCAGAUACAAUGGCAGCAUUGGAACGUCAAGCUCGUGCUCCCGUCGGCUUCGUUGCUGCUAGCACCGGACCUGAAGGCGGUAACCGGCCUUCAGCAGCUGCGACUACCGCGCCACCUGCGAAUGUCAAUCCGGAUGCUAUUGAUAUCAAUGAUGAGGACAUGGAAGAUUAG